AUGGUUACUUCUUGGAUAUUGAACUCAAAUUCGAAAGAGAUUGUUGAAGCCUUUUUAUAUACAACCUCGGCUAGAGAGUUGUGGAAGGAGUUAGAAGAAAGGUUUGGUGAACGUAAUGGACCUUUAUUGUAUCAGAUACAGAGGGAAAUUAGUUCACUUGCUCAAGGAAAUAUGCCUGUUGUGCAGUAUUAUACGAAGUUCAAAAAAUUAUGGGAUGAAUUGACAUGUUUGAUGGCUAUACCACAGUGUAGUUGUGGUGUGGCUAAAUCGGUAGCAGGGAUAACUUCUUUUAAUCGAUUAAUGCAAUUUCUUAUGGGUUUGAAUGAUAGUUUUGAUCAUAUUAAAAAUCAAAUCUUGGUUAUGGAUCCUUUACCUACUGUAAACAAGGCAUAUUCAAUGAUCUUGAGGGUUAAAAAGCAAAGAGAAGUGCAUGUAGUGUUUGCUAAACAUCUUGAGAAUAGUGCUCUAUUUGCUAAAGCAAAAAAUUUUAAAAAGGAAGCAAUUGUUAAGAAUGGGUACAGGAGGAAGGACAUGGUGAAGAAGUCUAAAAGGCAUUGUGAGUUUUGCAACAAUGGUGGACAUACGAAAGAGACUUGUUUUAAGCUUCAUGGUUAUCUAGACUGGUACAAAGAAUCAAAAGAACAAAAGGGAAAAUCUCAGCCUAAGAAUUAUGCCAAUAUGACAAAUACUCCACUGGAACGUGAAAAUGAACAAAAAAGCAAUGGGAUUGAAUGCAGUGCUACACUAUCUGAGCUAAUUUAA